AUGGAAAAGCAGUCGAAUCUGGUCAACGCGCCCAGAAUAGGCAAUGAAAACAAUAGUCUAUUCUCCAAUGUUCAGGUCAACAUUGCCACUCCUGUGAAUUUUCAGUCUACAUCGUGUACGCUAUCCGACCAACUUGGUCAUUUCGGAGGAAUUCAUGCCGAUGUGGGAGAUCUACCUGAGGGGUAUUCUUGCAUGACAGCGUACUCUGACUUACCCGCGGAUAUUGAUUCUGGGCAGUUCAGCAUCUUCGAACUCGGUGUGUUCACGCAGCUCGUUGGAUUGAAAUUCGUCUUCUUCAAUGGCGUGAUGUUCCAUGGUGGGAGUCCACCACGGCCGCAGCGAGAGGACGUCGUCAUUCCAGCAUGGGCAUAUCGUGUGGUAUAUAUUGCCUAUCCUCAAGCCGCUGUCUAUCUGGCGCUGGGAGUUUACAUGAUUGGCGCUUUACGCGGGCAAGACUUCCUCGGACGUGCAUUGGAGCCUGCCACCGAGGACGCUCGUGAAGAAGAUAGGGAAGAGUUUCGGAGUGAAGCUGGCAAGCUUCAUUUCUCCCUCGGCCCAGAUGUCCUCAAUAAUCCCGAAGCGGUAUCCCAACGAGGGUGGCUCACGCAUCCCAACUUCGUUCAGGAUGGACAUUCCAUCAUGAGCGUAAUCAGCGUUAUGACAUUCGUGACAAGGUGUUUAUACUUGUUCGUGGUUUUCGUGCUUCGGCAGUUACCAGAUGGAUACGAGGUGACGGUCGAUGCCGACAAAUUCUUCAGCGCCUUCACGUACGAGAGUGGAGAUGGGCGAAAAUCUGUUCCGCCGUGGAGUCUUGCCCCAAGCAUGAGAGACAAUGAUGCCACGUCUCGCAGGCAAGCGGCUGCGAAAGAGUGGACCACAUUCUCGCGGUCUCGCACAGACUUGAUCCCUUUCUCUAUUCUGCGCAAGCAAACUCGAGAAGAUCUUGUCAAGAAAGGAAAACGUGCGGCGCGAGUAUUUGCGGUCCUCGCUAGCCCGGAGGAUCCCGAUGCCAUUGCUGCGUCGGGGCGACCAUCAUCCUCGUACUAUCAACCUCAGUUGCCGACACGGCAUGUCGGCGUUGCUUCAGAUUCUUCCAAGAAGCGCAAGCGAACUGUACAUGUCGCAGAGCCAUCGCCUAAACCGUCGGAUAAGCGUGGCUCUGGGUCGAGCAGUGAUACCGAUGACACCGACGAAAGCUAUCGCCAUCCAUCACGCGCAGGCGAUCACGGCAGUCCAAAUGAGGAAACACUGGACGCAGGCGUGGACGCACAGCCGCCUGAGGAAUAUGAUGGCGUCACGCAUCCAGCCGGCUUCGUUGACUCGCAACCUGAUGCCGGAUUUCAGGCUUGGCUGGCUGCUGAACGCCGGGGUAGCAGUGGCGUGAGAGAAGUCCGCCGCGACGUGAUAGAUGCAGCUAUGGCGCAAUACGAUUCAACUUGCGCGAUCUCUGUUGAACCUGGUGUCCUUCUUCACCCGUGGUAUAACCCCCUCAACCGGUUGCGUCUGCGCUCCAGCAGCGAUGCAGAGUAUGCCGACGAACGCGCUCAUUUGCCAGACUUAGCUAACGAGAUAUUCUCUGAGGGCGGCUUGCUACGCGAUAUCUGGGAAUCGUACUCUCAAAAUCGUGAUGCCUGUGAAGAGUCUGUGCCUGGGUCCCCCAAGGCCAUGGGUGCUUCAGUGGCGUCUGCCCUGAAAUCAAUGUCAUCAGGUCCGAACACAUCAUCACCUAUCGACAUGACAUGCAUCUCAGCCUUGUCUGAGGCUUGGACGUCUGUUCAACGCGCAUGGGGACGUGCUUCAGAGGCGGAUAUCAGCCGACGAUGUGUGCUUGUCGCCAUCAUGUCACAUAGCGCUGCCUUGUGGGCGCGCAUGGAAACGAUGGCGACGCAUCUUUCGCGACCCGGCUUAGGCCAAAGCGGUCUUCAAGGUCCUCUGGUUGAGGUCGCAGCGGUCUUAUGGAAUAUGGUCCGAAACGGGGAGAUCAGUCGGACCGUCGACGCGAGUCGGAUACACGGUCGGGCUCAGGACAAGCAGAUAGUACUUUCGUUGUCGUAUGGACGACGAUCGCCAAGUUCUACACUGGAGCGCCAACAGAUCGUUUAUUCGUCUUUGCUCACCACCAUCGCCGAACUGGUGGGCGUCCGCGACACUCCGACCGCACGCUUAAGUUCAUGGCUCAUCUGGGCGGUCUUGGGCAUUUCAGGAUUCGAUGGUCUAUACCACGUCGAAGUCUGGAGGGCGUGGCAACGGCCGCGUACCCGCUGUAUGGCACGAAGGCAAAUGUCCCAACCGACGCUGGAGUCUUUGCUUCCGUACGUUCUGGGCGUCUACGAACGCGCUGUGUUGUCGACGUACCCCGGGUCAUUACUUGUAGAGUUGGCGGACGGAGCUGGUGAGGAAGGGGAAGUCGAGCAGGCUAGGGCCGUGCGAAGCUUUAUGGAGGGCGCAUCUCGGCCAACCUGCUCCGCCACACAACCUGCUGGUGUCCUGCCAGUUGACGUACCAUCGCGGGCGGGCGUAGCCCGGCAAGUCCUAUUUUUGCUGGCGAAUUUGAUUGGCGCACAUAUAAAUGACUUCGGCCAAUGCUCAGAUACCUUCGACAACUUCGAGAUAAGCGGUGUAGCGACAGCAGUCACGUCGGCGGAACGUGCCCUUUUGGAGAAAGCCGCGUCACACGUGGAUCUAUAUCUCCCGUUCCGAGCUUUCGGACCCUCGUACCUUCGCAUGCUGGCGCUCUUUCAUGGGCACCCCACAGACGUUAUGCCAAGUACCACUGGCUUGAGGAACGUGGCUCUCACACGGGUCAUCACGUUUGGAUCUGGCUUCCUUCUUUCUGGACGUCAAUCGCUUUGUUUGUCACUGACGGAGUGGCUCAAUGGUGUGGAAGUCGCCAAGCAAUCUCCGCAGGCGAAGCAAGCAUCGUUCUUCGUCUGCGAUCGUGUCUAUGGGCAAAACUUCAAUCGAUCUCUGGAUGAAGCGGCGCCUAUAUGGGCGGCUUGUGAGUGGCCUGAGGAGAUCGCGCGAUCGAGACACUUCGUAACAUUCUGGCGGGCGCUGCAUCACGGUGUUGGAAAGACACGCCGCUAUAAGGUGCCGAAUGUUGGGCCAUUGAUAGCGCUGUUGAUUGCCGGGGACUAUUACAUGAAUGGCCAUCUCGACGAGCCAUCUACGGAGGACAUGGGCUUGAUGAUUCAUAAAGUGAACGCAGGAGGUGUGCGCGGAUUGGCUCACCUCGGUUUCCUCUCGCAAGACGAAGCUGACUCUCGUGGACGUUAUCGGCUGGACCUUGUGCAGGACGCGUUCGAUCGCUAUUAUCGGUGGUCCUUGGCGUGCAUUCCGGCGGAGGAUCGCACUAGGUGGCGUUGGGACGUAAUCACCGCAGAGAAUCACCUCUGCAAAGAUUCCAGGCUGAAAGAUUAUACGGAUGCCGUGACGGAACGGGAGUGA